AUGGCAGAAGCCUCCGCGGAUGCCUCGUCCCUCCCCGGAACAGUGAAGAAAAAGAAAAGUCUGUCGAUUGAGGAAAAGAUUGACAUUAUUAAUGCCGUAGAGAGUGGGAAGAAAAAAGCGGAGAUUGCAGCCGAAUAUGGAAUAAAGAAAAAUUCAUUGUCUUCCAUUAUGAAGAAUAAAGACAAAGUCCUAGAAGCCUUUGAAUCUCUGAAAUUUGAUCCGAAGAGAAAAAGACUGAGAACUGCUUUUUAUACAGACCUGGAAGAGGCAUUAAUGAGAUGGUAUCGAAUCGCUCAGUGCCUCAAUGUACCAGUAAAUGGUCCAAUGUUGCGUCUGAAGGCUAAUGAUUUUGCCCAGAAACUUGGACAUAAUGAUUUCAAGUGCAGUAACGGCUGGCUGGAUCGUUUUAAAUCCAGGUACGGAUUAGUAUUCAGAGCCCAACCUGUAGAAGCUACUGGGGUAUCAGUAGAUCCUUCAACUGUCUGGCACCAGAAUAUACUUCCUUACUAUUUAAAUGAUUAUCCUCCUAAAAAUGUCUUUAAUAUAAAAGAGACAGGACUGCUAUAUCGAAUGUUGCCUACGAAUACUUUUGCAUUUAAAGGAGAAACCUGCUCCAUUGGGAAGUUGUGCAAAGACAGGUUAACUCUGGUGGUUGGGACAAACAUGGACGGCUCGGAGAAACUUCCUCUGCUUGUCAUCGGGAAAAACAGAAGCCCGCACUGUUUCAGAGGCAUCAGGUCCUUGCCUGUGCGUUAUGAAGCUAACCCCAUGGCGUGGAUGACCCCUGAAGUUUUUGAACAAUGGAUGCAGCAGCUUGAUCAGAAGUUUCAAGCCCAGCACCGAAGAGUGGUGAUUUUUGUCGAUUCUUUUCCUGCACACCCAGAGGUCAAGAACCUAAAGGCCAUCGAGUUAGCAUUCUUCCCCUCGUGCUUAUCGUCCAAAUUGAUAGCCAUGAAACAAGGUGUGAUCCAGAGCCUUAAGAUCAAAUACCGGCACUGUCUCAUCAAGAAAUUUUUGAGCUCUGUGGAAGGCAGCAGAGAAUUUACCUUUUCUCUUUUGGAUGCAGUUGACACCUUGCAUCUGUGCUGGCGGGCUGUGACCCCGGAGACCAUUGUUAAGAGCUAUGAAGAGGCGGGCUUCAAAUCUCCCAAGGGAGCAGAGAGUGAGAAGGGCAGCGGAGAGAUGGACAAGGGCCUCGAUCUGGUGGCGGAUGCCCAGGCGGCAGGAGUGGAAUUUCCAGAAGGGCUGUCGCUGGAGGAGUACGCGGCCCUGGACGAUGACCUGGAGACCUGUGAAGGGGCACUCAGCAGUGACUCGUUGUGGCCCAGAGAGAGCCAGGCGGAUGAAGUUAGAUUUUAUGCUUCUGAUGAGGAUGAGGAUGGGGGUGUCCUGGGAACCGAGCUCCCUUUGCCCUCAAAACCAGAAGCAGUAACUGCUCUCCAUACGCUGAAAACUUUUCUUAGAAGUCAACACAUGGAUGAAGGGCUUCAUAAUGCUUUAGCAGACCUUGAAAUUUUUAUCAACUCUUUACCAUCCAAAUAAUUGUACACUCAGAAGAGUGAUGGUUUUGCCUGCUGUUGUAUUUUACUAUAUAAGGUAUGUAAGGGGGAAAAUACCACUUAAACGUAAAUGAAAACCUAAUUUUUUUG